UUGCGUACACCGGAAGUAGAAGGAAGCGCAGUAAGUUGUCUCCCAUUGUCAACAGUGUUUUAUAUGCCGGAGUUUACCGAUGAAAAUAGCCCUUUAUCGUUCGUUAAACAACUUUGAAACGAACUGAUCAUUCAACACAUUCUCGCUGACAGUUAGAACUUAACUACAACGACAAAAUGAACGUGACUCUUGCUGUCAAGCAGUACAUUUCCAAAAUGAUAGAGAGCAGCGGCCCUGGGAUGAAGGUGCUGCUGAUGGACAAGGAGACGACCAGUAUCGUAAGCGUGGUCUACACACAGUCUGAGAUCCUGCAGAAAGAAGUCUACCUUUUUGAGCGCAUUGACUCCCAAAACCGAGACAACAUGAAGCACCUUAAGGCAAUCUGCUUUCUUCGGCCAACCAAGGAGAAUGUAGAGCACCUGAUUCAAGAGCUUCGCCGGCCCAAGUAUAGUGUUUACUUCAUCUAUUUCAGUAACGUGAUCAGUAAGAGUGAAAUAAAGGCUUUGGCUGAGGCGGAUGAACAGGAAGUAGUUGCAGAAGUGCAGGAGUUCUACGGAGAUUUCAUUGCUGUGAACCCUCAUCUCUUCUCCCUCAACCUUCAAGGAGUAUCCAGGGGUCGCAGUUGGGAGCCCAGUGUACUGCCUCGUGUCACUCAGGGUUUGACAUCAGUGUUGCUGGCCCUAAAGAAAUGCCCCAUGAUCCGCUACCAGCUCUCUUCUGACAUGUCCAAAAGGCUGGCAGAAAGCGUCAAACAAAUCAUUACUAAGGAGUAUGAACUGUUUGACUUCCGAAAAACAGAAGUGCCUCCUCUUCUCCUGAUUUUAGACAGAAGUGAUGAUGCUAUUACUCCCCUUCUUAAUCAGUGGACAUAUCAGGCCAUGGUUCAUGAGCUACUGGGCCUCAAUAACAACCGUAUAGACCUGUCAAGAGUACCUGGAAUCAGUAAGGACCUACGGGAGGUGGUCUUGUCUGCAGAAAAUGAUGAGUUUUAUGCAAAUAACUUGUACCUGAAUUUUGGUGAGAUUGGAACAAAUAUCAAGAACCUGAUGGAGGAUUUCCAGAAGAAAAAGCCCAAGGACAAACAAAAAUUAGAAUCCAUAUCUGACAUGAAGGCAUUUGUGGAUAAUUACCCACAGUUUAAGAAAAUGUCAGGCACAGUCUCAAAACACGUAACCGUGGUUGGGGAGCUUUCUCGCCUGGUCAGUGAAAGACAGCUGAUGGAGGUGUCAGAGGUGGAGCAGGAGCUGGCCUGCCAGAAUGACCACUCCAGUGCACAACAGAACGUGAGGCGGCUGUUGCAGAACCCUCGGCUUUCUGAAACUGAUGCUGUGCGGCUGGUGAUGCUUUAUGCACUUCGUUAUGAAAAACACAGCAGCAGUAUUCUGCCCAGCCUUAUGGAGGAGCUCAGCCGCAAAGGGGUGUCAGAAAGACACCGCAAGAUGGUACAAUCUGUGGUGGAAUAUGGUGGCAAACGAGUCAGAGGAAGUGAGCUCAUCGCUCCUACAGAUGCUGUGGCCAUUACCAAACAGUUUUUCAAAGGACUUAAGGGAGUUGAGAAUGUGUACACACAGCAUCAGCCACUACUACAUGACACGCUGGAUCAGCUGAUCAAGGGUCGUUUGAAGGACAGCCAGUUCCCCUACCUCGGGCCAAGUUCUCUGAGAGACAGACCUCAAGACAUUAUUGUUUUUAUAAUUGGCGGGGCCACUUACGAGGAGGCAUUGACCGUUUACAACCUGAACCGCACAAUGCCGGGGGUACGGAUCGUACUUGGGGGCACAGCCAUUCACAACACUAAGAGCUUUCUGGAGGAAGUGAUGCUUUCAGUUUCAGGUUCAGCCGGUGACAGAACACUAGGCGGAGGCCGUCAGCUGAGCCGACGCUGAGCUGUUAUCAUCACUCAUAUUAAUGUGUGCUUACACUCCCAGCGCUGUCUGUCCUCUGAACCCUGAGCUGAGCACAUUGUUCUUUUUCUCUCUCCUGACAUUCCUUUAAAAUAUUUCUGAUAGUUUUAGUUAAGAAAAUGGGAACACUGCACAAUAAGUUUCAAUUUGUUAACAUUAAUGGACAAUGAAUAACAAUUUGACCAGCAUUUAUUAAUCUAGGUUAAUAUGAAUUAUAAAUAAUGUAAUAAUAAAUAUAUUAUAACUUAAACUGUUAAAAAUCGACCAAUAUAUGUGGAAAUUUACAGAAAUAUUUAGAAAACAUUAACCUAGAUAAUGCGUUAUCUAACAUAAAUGGUUUGAAAUGUAUUGUAAAGUGUUAUCAAAAAAUAUAUGUAAGCACACGUGUUGGUAAUGAUGUGUGAAACACUAAAUGUGCAUAACAUUUAUGAUCAUAUGUAAAUAAUGUUUCAGAUUUCCCGAAAGUUUUCCAAUGACAGCAUUUUUAUUUAUUUGCUCGGUGUUGCUGCAUUUGAGAGUUUUUGGACAAAUGUCUACUGUGAAAAAAAAAGAGAAAA